GGUGGUCUGGGCGCCAUGGCGCUUACCUGCUUGCAGCGAGUUGAGCUCGCGCUCUUUGCUGCUGCCUUCCUGUGCGGGGCUGUGGCGGCCGCGGCACUGACCAGGACCCAGGGCUCCUUCGGUGGUAGCUGCCCUUUGUACGGUGUGGCUGCCCUCAAUGGCUCCUCUCUGGCCUUGUCACGUCCCUCAGCCCCUUCCCUCUGCCACUUUGUAGCUAGGACUUCAGGCCUCUUUGCUCUCUACUGCCUUCUGCUUCUCCUCUUCUGGAUCUACAGCAGCUGCAUCGAAGAUUUCCACAGAGGUUCCAUAGGGCUCCGAAUUGCUUUGGCCAUCUCAGCUAUAGCCAUUUUCCUGAUCUUAGUGUCCGCCUGCAUUCUUCGAUUUGGCACCCAUUCUCUCUGCAAUUCCAUCAUCUCCUUGAACCAUACAAUUAGCUGCUCUGACGCCCAGAAAUCCUCAUGGACACCCCCUGGAACUGCUGUGCAGUUUUACUCCAACCUACGAAACGCUGAAACCUCUUCUUGGGUGAAUCUGGUACUGUGGUGUCUGGCCUUGAUGCUCCAGGUCGUGCAGUGCAAGUCUGAAGCCACCCCAGAGCGGAGCUCUGAGACUGUUGCUCUUAUUGGGUAACCUGUCUUACUCCUGAAGAAUAUUCAGUGCUUUCUGCAGCCAGAACCUCCAUGCCCAAGAGCUUUUAGUUUUCUUGCCUCAAUACAGCCCUAUUUGUACUGAGAACCCAUUUUCCCUCCAGGAGGGAAACUAGAAGAGACCCCCCUGUUUUUUCACCUUAACAUUUUU